AUGGCCAAAGGUCAGUUUGACGAAAUGGCGACACAUGGCGACCCCGCUCUGAUCAUAGGCGUCGAUUUUGGCAUGUCUGGGACUGGUGUUGCAUACUGUUCAGCACCGUGGAUAAGCCCUGCGGUGUUCCAGAACUGGUCCACCAUUGCAUCCGAAGUGUUCAAUAAAACCCCGUCACGCUUAGCAUACGAUCGUGGAACAAAACAUGUCAGAUCCUGGGGUCUCUCUGUCGAUAUCGUUGAUCCGUCGAUCGAGAUCAAGGAGUACUUCAAAUUGAAUCUCGACCCUGAGUAUGGUGACUUCCAGGAAUUGUCCCAUCGGGAUGCCAGACGCUUCUACCUUGAUUACAUGAGAUGCGUGCAUGAUCAUUUGGCAGGAUUCUUUGAGCAAAGGUUCGCAGGUUGGGCGACAAUGCGAGUCGAAUGGAACUUCAGCGUACCGACGACGUGGAAGCAUGCUGGAAUGAUUCGUGACCUCCUAUCAAUGAUCAGACAAGCUGGCUUCGGCACAGAUGGCAAACAGCAUACUUGUGAAGUGACAUUGACAGAAGCUGAGGCAGCAGCCGUUUCUGUAGCCGGGCAAAUGCUUCAGCGUGAGGAAGUUGUUCUCGUGUGCGACGCAGGUGGCGGUACAACGGAUAUAAACAUUAUGAAAGUAAGAUCGGAGACUGGGCAAUCGCUGGAGCUGGAACAAUUAGUCCCGGUCGAAGGUCGUGAAUUCGGUUCAGCACUUAUUGAUAUCGGAGUACAGAAGCAUCUGGCUGAGAGACUCAGGUUCCUCGAACACGUUUUACCACCAGAGGAGACUGCCGAGAGGAUGAUGCUAGGCAGGUUCGAAAGAUUCAAGUGCAGUUUCGGGGUGGUUGGCACCACACCUCCCAAGCUCUUUCUUCCUGUGACUGGUCUAUCAGCAGGUUCGGAUUUUCCACAUGCGGGAAUCAAGGACUCGCAGAUUGAGGUCUCUCGUGACUUGGUGAAAGGACUCUUCGAGGAGCAAGCCGAAGGAAUAAUUGAGCUGAUCACGGAGCAGUUGCAGGCUCUCAAAAGAUUCCGACCAGGAGAACGAGUCACAUAUUUGAUCAUGUCUGGCGGGCUUUCUGCCUCCCAAUAUAUCCAAGAGAGAGUCAAGAGUCACUUCGAGUUUGGCGGUGGAUCGCUGGAAUCAAAUGCACGUGGAGUGAAAAUGCUGCUUGCCGAGAAUAUGCAGCUCGCCGUUGUCAGAGGGCUUGUUGGCUAUCGUACUCAACAGAUUGGACAACGUAGCACUCCAAUAGUGGGGCGUUGCGCGCCGGUCAGUUAUGGAGUGGUGGUAAACCAGAGAUACGACCAGGAUAGACAUCUGGGUCAAAGAGUCGUUAGGGACAAUAGAGACGGAAAGAAGUGGGCAGUUGAUCAGAUAGAAUGGCUGAUCUGCAAGGGUGACAGAGUCACUGAUGAUGGCGUGCGGAAGCCAUUCCGAGCGAAGCUGAGGCCUGCGCACUAUCGGAGGCCGUGGAAGGCGCAAUUUGUGCGAUCCAAUGUAUCAGAAUCUCUUCCAAAAAGCAUGGCAGAGCAAGACCGUGUUCGGGAUCUUUGCACUGUGUCUGUAGAUUUGGACAGGGUAGAAAAGAUUCGCCGGAACAAGCACUGGUGGAAUCUUGGAGAGAGUUAUGAACUAGCACAUCUUGAAGUGCAGCUCAUCCCUGGGCAUACAGAUUUGGACUUCCGUGUCUUCAGCGGAGGGAGACUUGUCAACAGCGAAGACAAAAAUGUUAGAGUCGAUUGGAGCGUGGGGGGCCACCGUCAGUCAUACAGCAGCCCAAAUAUGCUGGAUCAACCAUGGGCGGAGUGA